GGAUAGGCCAAAAAUAUGGGGCCGAGGCAUGGUGCGGCUGGGAAGGCUUACCUAAUCCAUUUCACCGCUUUCAUUUUGCCGCGGUCGGUGUGCACGUCUCCCAAUGACACCCUGUCGACCACUCCCACCGCUUCUAGAGGCUGGAGACGCCUAGGAACCUCGCGGCCGCAGAGCGCUGGGAAAGAUGAACGACGGUACGCGAACGAUGCGACAACUCAGGUCCCGAUCUCGAUCACGACGCCUUGAGAAGCCAACAGGGUGCGAAUUUGCCCAAGCCAUCCCGUCCUCCCCAGGCCCGCUGUACCUGCGGCUCGGCAUGGCGCAGCUCAGGUCGGGGACGCCAUCGUGGCCAGGGGGCCGGACGAGGACGGCAACCCAUCCUCGCCUACAUGGCAUGCAGACUUUGGGAGGACGGUGGCUCGGCCACAAGGACCAGCAACUCGAUCCGCUUGUGCCCGCCAUCAGGCGUACACGUCGUCUUAGUAUGCUUCUCCGGGGCGGCGGCUACAUUUGGCAACGAGAGGUGCAAUAUGGAGGAUCGUCUGGGAGCCAGGAACAGGUGGACAGAGCCAUCUGUCGGCUCAAAAAGGUCUCAUUUGUCGACAGAGGGGUUCGCCAGGAUUUAAGGGCCUUGGCGGAUUGUGAUGGCUUACUCAACACUGAGUCCAACUGCUGCAGGCUCGCGAACAGAAAAGGACAGCCCUCGGAACUGGAAUGGCGGGAUGCCACGGGUCACGACUUGUAAUUGUAAAUGCGUGGACAGCGAUACUCGAGAGCCUCGACCAGAACCUGGCAAAAGUGGCGUAGCAUCUGAGUAGUUUAGAGAGUUCACUUUGGAAUUGAAACUGGACCAGGAUGAGGCGUUUGUGUGACAG